GGGCCGCAUUGCCUGCGCCAACGUGCUGAGCGACCUGUACGCCAUGGGCAUCACCGAAUGCGACAACAUGCUGAUGCUGCUCAGCGUCAGCCAGAAGAUGACCGAGGAGGAGCGGGAGAAGAUCAUGCCGCUGAUCGUGAAAGGUUUUCGGGACGCGGCGGAGGACGGGGGGACGUCUGUGACGGGGGGACAGACGGUGGUGAACCCCUGGGUGAUCGUGGGCGGUGUGGCCACUGUCGUUUGUCAGCCUAACGAGUUCAUUAUGCCUGACAGCGCCGUCCCUGGGGAUGUCCUGGUGCUGACCAAGCCCUUGGGGACGCAGGUGGCCGUCAGCGCGCACCAGUGGCUGGACAAUGUGAGUUGGGGGGCUUGGGGGGGGGAUUGGGGACACCCCAGUGUCCCCAAGGGGACCUAGAGCCACCCCCGUGUCCUCAGAUGGGGCCAGGAGCCCACCCGGUGUGACCAGGAGGAUCCGAGAUGGCACCAAAAGCCACCCCUGAUGUCCCCAAGGGGACCUAGAGCCUCCUGGGGGGGUUCCUAAACCACUUUUGAUAUCCCCAAGGGGACCCAGAGCCACUUUGGGGGGUUCCUAAGCCACCCCCGAUGUCCCCAGGAGGACACAGAGCCACCAUGGGGGUCCUUAAACCGCUCCUGAUGUGUCUGAAAGCCACCGUAAGAGUCUCCAGGGCACCCUGGAUGUCCCCCAGGAGACUAAGAGCCACCCUGUGGGUUCCUUAAGCCACCUGAAAUGUCCCUAAGGGGAUGGAGAUCCACCCUGGGGACCCCUAAACCACCCAAAUGUGCCCAAGAGCCACCAUCGGAGUCCCUAAACCACCCUAGAUGUCCCCCAAGUAGACCAAGAGCCACCCUGUGGGUUCCUUAAGCCACCCUAGAUGUCCCCAAGAGAACACAA